UUUCAUAAUCAUGCUCGGUCGUGCUGUUGGCGUCGUCCUGCGUGGAGUGGCUUCGUCCAUUGCCUCUGCUUCUUCUUCUUCUUCUUUGCCCUCUGUCUCUUGCGCUAUCCGCAAGUCCGCGAUGCCGUCCUCCGUUGCUCGCACCCAAGUUCGUGGCAUGGCUGAGGUCUUUAGCCGUGCAAAGCCCCACUGCAACAUUGGCACCAUUGGCCACGUCGAUCACGGCAAGACUUCCCUCACUGCCGCCAUCACCAAGGUCCUCGCCGAAACGGGCCAGGCCAAGUACAAGGCGUACGGCGAUAUUGACAACGCGCCCGAAGAGAAGGCUCGCGGCAUCACCAUCGCCACCGCCCACGUCGAGUACGAGACGGCCAAGCGCCACUACGGCCACGUUGACUGCCCCGGUCACGCCGAUUACAUCAAGAACAUGAUCACUGGUGCUGCCCAGAUGGACGGCGCCAUCCUCGUCGUUGCCGGCACGGACGGCCAGAUGCCCCAGACCCGCGAGCACCUUCUGCUCGCCAAGCAGGUCGGCGUCAAGGCCCUGGUUGUUUACAUUAACAAGGCCGACGCUGUCGCCGAAAAGGACCAGCUCGAGCUUGUCGAGAUGGAGAUGCGUGAGAUUCUGAACGAGUACAAGUUUGAUGGUGACAACACCCCGAUCAUCAUUGGCUCGGCCCUGUGCGCCCUGGAAGACCGUGAGCCCGAGCUCGGCCGCCAGUCCAUCCUCAAGCUUCUUGAUGCCGUCGAUAACUUUAUUCCCCAGCCCUCCCGUGACCUUGACAAGCCCUUCCUCAUGUCCAUCGAAGACGUCUUCUCCAUUGGUGGCCGCGGCACCGUCGCCACUGGCCGUGUCGAGCGUGGCAUUGUCAACAAGGGCGAUGAAGUUGAGAUUGUUGGCUUUGGCACCACCCCGAUCAAGACGACCGUGACCGGCCUCGAAAUGUUCCACAAGCAGCUCGAGCGCGGCGAGGCGGGCGACAACCUCGGCGCUCUCCUCCGUGGCGUCAAGCGCGAGGACCUCCGUCGUGGCCACAUGAUCUGCGCCCCUGGCACCCUCAAGGCCUACUCCAAGGUCGAGGCUGAGCUGUACAUUCUGACUGCCAAGGAGGGUGGCCGCCACACCCACGUUGCCAACGGCUACCGCCCCCAGAUGUUCUUCCGCACCUGCGACGUCACCUGCGUCGUCACCCUCAAGAACGGCGACAUGGCCAUGCCCGGCGACAACGCCACCAUCCUUCUGGACAUUGUCUCGCCCGUUGCCAUCGAGCAAGGUCUCCGCUUCACCCUCCGCGAGGGCCACAAGACCAUCGGCACCGGUGUCGUCUCCAAGAUCAUCUCCUAAGCAUGUUGCUUUCUGCUUUGUCUCUGUUUCCCCCGUGUGCUAGAGACAACGUGAAUGCUUUUCUUUUUUGAGUUCCUCAGCCAAAAAGGAAAUAAAUAAUCUCGAGUCACCGA